AGCCUCUUUAAGUUAUCAUACUCAUCAUCUACAAUUAUACUGUAUCAUCAAGAAAGAAUGGCUUCUAUGGUUCGGCUGUGUUUUUUGGUUGCCCUUUUGCUUAUUACCUCUGAGCUCAUGUGUUUUGCCAGGACCACACCACAAGGAAAAGAGUAUGAAGAUCAAGACCCAGAUAGAAAUGAUUCCCUCCCUCUGGCACUAGCAGAUCAGGAGAAAACACAAGUAAUAAGUGAAGAUGAUUAUGGCGAACCAGGGGCCAACCAUAAACAUACUCCACCACCGCCACCGCCACUUUGAGUUUAGUUUUAGAUAUUAACUGGAAGGCUAUAAGCCUAAUCUGCAUAGGGAAUAAAACUUAAUAAUAUACAAGGAAUAAAAUGUUAUUUCUAUGUUAUCAAUUUUGUUUUUAUUAGGAAAAUGAUAUUUUCUACCUUUAAUAUUUGAGAUUGAUUUUGGUUUUA